AUGCUCGAGGUCUUGGUGCUGAAGAUUGAAGAUCCGAGUUGCUUCUGGGUUAUUAUAAAAGGAUGCAGUCCCCUUUUAGAUCAUGAAGUCGACUAUCAGAAACUAAAUAGUGCCAUGAAUGAUUUCUACAACAGCAUGUGCCAAGACAUAGAAGUGAGACCAUUAAUGCUGGAAGAAGGGCAGGUUUGUGUGGUUUACUGUCAGGAGCUGAAGUGCUGGUGCCGGGCCAUUAUUAAAUCUAUCAUGUCCUCAGCAGACCAGUACCUGGCAGAAUGUUUCCUGGUGGAUUUUGCUAAGAAUAUUCCAGUAAAAUCUAAGAACAUCCGAGUUGCAGUAGAGUCUUUUAUGAAGCUUCCCUACAGAGCAAAGAAGUUCAGCCUGUACUGCACAAAACCUGUCACUCUGCACAUUGACUUCUGCGAAGACAGUGCUGAGAUUGUACCCGCCAAGAAGUGGGACAGUGCCGCCAUCCAGUACUUUCAGAACAUUCUAAAAGCAACUACCCUGGUGGAAGCCAAAUUGUGUGCUGUGGAAGAAGAUACUUUUGAGGUUUACCUUUAUGUAACUAUAAAAAGUGAAAAAGUUUGUGUUAAUGAUGACCUUGUUGCAAAGAACUUCGCUUGUUAUAUAUCACCCACAGAGAACAAAAGCCUGAAUUACUUAGAGAAGCCGAGAUUGAAUAUAAAGUCUGCUUCCUUCUCCGAUAAACUCAACCCUGCACUUACUCUUUGGCCUAUGUUUUUGCGAGGAAAAGAUGUUCGAGGAAUAGACAAUUCACAUGGUUUAAAUUUCCUGACACAAUCUUUCCGGCAUACGUGGUGCAAGGCUGUGGUCACUGACCUUGCACCCACCUCGGCAGUACUAGGACGUGCUGUACAUUGUAAUCUAGAUUUGCUGCUAGAUUCACCAAAAGAUGUAUCUGAAAAGAAACAGCAUCACAGCUCUUUAAAAGAUGUAAAUAAGUGUGUUGAAUCUUCUGCAUACUGGCCAAUAAAAAGAGGCAUAACCAUAUAUGCUGAUCCAGAUGUCCCAGCAGCAGGUUCUUUAGGUCAGAAGCCAAACGAGAAGCCGCUUAGAUUGGUGGAGAAGAAAGAAUAUGAUGAGAAGAAUGGCUGCGUGAAAUUACUGCAAUUUUUAAAUCCUGAUCCUUUGAGAGCUGAUGGGAACUCUGAUCUGCAGCAGUUACAGAAGUUGAAGUCAGGCGUGCAGCUGCCGGCUGUGGUGCUCCGAAACAAGAUUGAGCCUUGCCUGAGCAUUGAGCUGUCACCACUCUCAGCAGAUGUGAAAAAGGCUCUUCAAAGAAAUAAAUUCCUGGGACCUAAUCACACGCAGUCUUACUCCUGGCCCCCCAUCGCGCGGGGCUGUGACGCGGUUGUGAUCUCUCACUGUGGAAACGACCCUUUGUUGUACCUCCCGCCCAUACUCACCAUCCUGCAGACCGGGGGCUGCUACAAGUCCCUCCCGAGCCGAAGCGGACCUCUUGCAGUCAUCGUGUGCCCUGGAUGGAAAAAGGCUCAAUUCAUUUGUGAAUUACUGGGAGACUAUAACGUGUCCUCCAGGCCUCUUCAUCCUGUGUUACUGACCAUCGGACUUCACAAGGAUGAAGCCAAAAACAUGAAGCUUCCGAGGGGGUGUGAUGUGAUUGUUACGACACCACAUAGCCUCCUGAGACUUCUCACAUACCAAAGCUUGUUAUUUCUUAGACUGUGUCACCUGGUUUUAGAUGAGGUGGAAGUAUUAUUCUUCGAAGCUAAGGAACAAAUGUUUACUAUAUUAGAUAACUUUAAAAAAAAUACUGAAGUUGAAGAGCGGGAAUCUGCACCACAUCAGAUUGUCGCAGUUGGUGUUCACUGGAGCACACAUAUUGAGCAUUUGAUCAAAGAGUUCAUGAAUGAUCCCUACAUCGUGAUCACAGCUAUGGAGGAGGCCGCUCUCUUUGGCAGUGUCCAGCAGGUUGUGCAUCUUUGCCUAGAAUGUGAAAAAACUUCUACUUUACUCCAGGUUCUUGAUUUCGUUCCAAGUCAGGCUCAAAAGACCUUGAUUUUUACCUGCUCUGUAGCUGAAACAGAAAUAGUAUCUAAGGUAGUAGAAAGCAGUUCGAUAUUUUGCCUGAAAAUGCAUAAAGAAAUGGCUUUUAGCUUAAAAAGUGUUCUAGAACAGUGGAAAAAGAAGUUAAGUCCUGGCUCUCACAUCGUAUUAGCCUUAACUGACGAUUGUGUACCGCUCCUGGCUAUCACCGAUGCCACAUGUGUGAUUCACUUCAGCUUCCCUUCCUCACCAAAAAUUUUUGGCGGACGCCUGUAUUGCAUGUCAGAUCAUUUUCAGAGUUUACCUGAUCAGGGUUCUCCUGCAGAACAGGGAGAUAGAAAAACCAAAUCUGUCUUGCUGCUGACGGAGAGAAAUGCGGGCCACGCAGUUGGUGUCCUGCGCUACUUGGAGCGAGCAGACGCCAAAGUCCCCGCUGAGCUGUAUGAGUUUACGGCAGGGGUUCUGGAAGCCAAGGAAGAUAAAAAAGCCAGAAGGCCUCUCUGUCCAUAUCUCAAGGCCUUUGGAUUUUGCAAAGACAAUAGAAUCUGUCCUGACCGACACCAUAUUAAUCCAGAAAUAGACAUGCCAAGGAAAUUAUCCACCCAAACUCUACCUGCAUUUGGAUACAUUAAAAUAAUACCUUUUUAUAUUUUGAAUGCAACAAAUUACUUUGGUCGUAUAAUUGAUAAACAUGUGGAUCUUUAUGCAACACUUAAUGCUGAAAUGAAUGAGUAUUUUAAGAAUGCCAGUGAAACAACUGUUGAAAAGGUGGAGAAAUUUGGAUUGUAUGGAUUAGCAGAAAAAACACUUUUUCACAGGGUGCAGGUGCUAGAGGUGAGCCAGAAGGAAGAUGUGUGGGCCCUGGAUAAUGUCCUCGUGAAGUUCAUAGACGAAGGCAGGACUGGGCUCAUCUCAAGGGACCAGCUGCUGCCCCUCCCGGAGAGUUUCUGUGCCCUGCCCCCCCAGGCUGUGGAGUUCAUCGUCUGCAGGGUGAAGCCUGCUGACAGUGAAAUGGAGUGGAACCCAAAGGUUACUAGGUAUAUUCAUCAUAAAAUUGUUGGAAAGCUGCAUGAUGCAAAGGUGAUACUGGCUUUGGGAAAUACAGUUUGGAUCGAUCCAAUGGUGCAUAUUACAAACCUUUCAAAUUUGAAAACUUCUGUCAUUGAUUAUAAUGUUCGAGCUGAAAUCUUGUCAAUGGGGAUGGGCAUUGAUAAUUCAGAACAUACAGAACAACUGAAAAAGCUCUAUGAAGGCGCUAAAAUGCCAGCUUCUGAAGAAAGUCCAAGCCAGACUCCGACAUCUCCGUCAGCAGAAAAUGCCGCGUGUCUGCAGGGCACACAGCAGGAGAACCAGGGUGCAGAAAGAAGGGCGGCUGACCUUGAGACAAACUCAGAAAACCAAAAACCCGAAACUUCAUCUGAAAACACUGGAGAUACUUCCAUCAACCAAACCACACAGCCGCAUCUGAAGAGUUUCCACCCACAGAUAAAGUGGUUCCAAAAAGAUGAUGCCAUCGUCUUAAAGAUAAGACUACGGAAUGUGAAAGAUUACAAAUGUAAAUAUUUUACAGAUAGAGUCGUGUUCAGUGCCUGGGUGGGAGAGAAGUUCUACCUGGCCGACAUGGAGCUGCAGGGUCACAUAGUAAAGGACGAGUGCAGGUGUGUGAUGAGAAACGAGGAGCCUGUGAUCACUCUGGUGAAGGAGCGAGGAGAGGCCUGGGGCCGCCUGCUCAGACAGAAGAACCCUAAUGUGACCUUUGAUUUUGAUCACUGGGAGGAGUGUGAAGAAGAGAACCACUUCUCCAAGGUUGUUAAUUCUACAAACCUAUCCUACAAAGUGGCAGACAUGGUUGAAAAUGACAGCACAACUUCAGAGGAUGAGGACAGUGAGAGUGACUGA